AAUGCUCUUAUGCACCGAAUCAUUUAGGUAUCAACUUCGUCAAGAUAGCAGUCAUGGGUGCCAUGUCAUUGUCCUUUGACGUUCCUGAUGACUUCUUCGCAAAUGACAGCAGCCACAUCAAUUUUACAGACUUCAUUCUAGAUCCACUCACAAUAUCAUGUGAGAUAAACCUACUCAGUCCUACAGUAACUGUGGGUUUGUGUAUCAUCCUCAUAAUCAUCUUUUUACUGGCAAUACCAGGAAAUCUGUUGGUCGGAUGGGUGAUAAGCAUCAGUCAACAUGCUGCCACUCCAUCAGAUGUGUAUUUGUUUCAUCUGACAAUGGCAGAUUUCCUGAUGGCUCUAACUAUCCCAUUCUCUGCUGUAGUAGUGGUGCAAGGGUGGAUCUUUGGAGACUUCAUGUGCAAACUUGUGAGUCUCAUCUUUGACGCAAACUUCUAUACCAGUAUCCUGUUCCUGGCCUGUAUUAGCAUAGAUCGUUAUCUUGUGAUUGUGCACGCCAGCGAGACUCUGAAAAGUCGCCAGAGGAUGUGCAGCAGGACGGUCUGUGGAGCAGUGUGGGCUCUUGGUUGUGCCCUUGCACUGCCUGCAUUUUUCAAUGAAGCCUUUAAGCCAGACAACGACAAGGAGUUAUUGAUUUGUUCUGAAACCUUUGACAUUGGUGACGCCGCCUCAUGGAGGGUUACUAUACGUGCAUUCCGUCACAUAUUCGGCUUCUUGCUGCCACUGAGUGUAAUGGUAACUGCCUACAGCAUCACCAUUGGAAGACUGCUGCACACCCGUGGUUUCCAGAAGCACCGAGCCAUGAGGGUGAUCAUAGUGGUGGUGAUUGUGUUUCUGCUGUGCUGGAUGCCAUACCAUCUAACCAUGAUGGUGGACACACUCCUGAGGGCUAAGCUCAUACCUUUUGAUUGUGCCAUGAGGAGGUCAGUGGACAAGGCUUUGGCCAUAACCAACAGCAUGGCUCUUUUCCACAGCUGCAUCAAUCCAGUCCUCUACGCCUUUGUGGGAGAAAAGUUCAGGAAGAAAAUGAAGCUGUUGCUUCAGAGGAGAUUCAGACAGGAAAGGAUGUCCGGGUCAAAGUUCAGUAGGUCCACAUCUCAGAUCUCAGAUGGCAGUCAAGCUGUUUUCUGAAACCUGUGACUUUUUUGCAAUACAACUCAUCAAGGGUUCUUAUAAGGUCAAUCAAUCAAUACACUGGCCACCCAUUUAAGAGUUAGGGUCAUAUCUAAGUCAUGUUUAGACAGCAUAGAUUACAUUGUAGUUCCUGUACACAGAAACAAGAUGUGGUGCCCUUUAAAAUGAAGUUUAAUACAUGCAUUUGACCUUGCACUUCUUAUAUUGCAAACAUAUUCUGAGUUAAGUGAAAAAGGUGGAUAUUUAAAGGGAAGAAAACUUAGUUUCCUAAAAAUAAAUUCCACACAAUGCUAUUCUCUUCAACUUCAAAGUAUGAAGUUCAUGACAUUUUUUGGAAGCUGCAUUGUUGACUUGUGUGCUACACCACUGCUGCCAUCUACUGAAGUAACUGUUGCUUACGUCUUCCAACUGUUCACUGCCAGUCUCUUAAAUUUCUAUUCAAUUUCUACUUCUAUUGCUAAUGACUGUAUCAUCUCUGUCAAACCAGACCUUGUGGUGACCUCUGUUAAUUGAUGCCAAAUUGCAUUCUACAUUUCUGUUGUAUGAAUGAAAGCUCAAAGACUUGCAGUGA